AUGGUACCACCGUACCAGGUCAAUUGUACCCAGUUGCACCGUUCAGUUUUACUGAAUUUGGAUGACCCGAAUUAUCGGAAACUCAGUUUGAUGCAUUCGGUUUCAGCCUCCUGUUUAAGACAAAAAUCACAUGUUAUCAGUUUUCUUUUUAUAGUCGAAAGAACGAACUUAAUCUGCAAGAUAUAUCCAAACUUAAAAGUUGACCAAAUCUUCUUGGAUGACAUUGACAUCCCUGAUAUAGCAAUAUGUGGAACCCCAGAAUUGAGAAUUUUACGCUGUGACCUUAAAACACAUAAUACUGUUAGAGAAAGAAUUGAUGGCUGUAACAACUAUAUACUUCCUAAUGCAGCUGAUUAUGGGGUCUUUAAAGAUUAUUGCCUCACCUUCAAAGCUAAUGAAGCCAUCAAAUUUACCAAACCGGAAAUAGGUGGAUACGACGAGAUUGGGUUCAGUUUCUAUGAUAACACAACCGCUUCAGAGGCAGGCACUAUUGGCAUAGCAUCACUAACCAUACUAAUAAUUCCUUCUGAUUUUAAUCCAGUGACAAAUCCGAACAAGAAGGCUAUUAGCCAAAUGGACGAAGCAACUUUGUCAGAGUUUAGGCUUCAAUUAAACUUUAUUGCUGGGAUGGCCAGAUAUGUUGCAGUGGUCAAGUUUAAAACGAGUACUUAUAGGUCUAUUCUUCCGAAGGAUGCUCGUGCUAUUUUUGGAUUAGAGCCCAAUUACCACGUGACACCAAAAACAGAAAAUUUUAUCAACUAUUUUCCUUUUAAUAGUAAUCCAUCUGAUAUACCAGUAGGAACAACUGGUUACUUUUCUGUAUCUGCUGGAAGCUUUAUUCAAGAACAGACAAGCGAAGAACGAUCGAAUACUGUUCUUGGUGCGAUUGCAGCAGCCGGUGGCGCUUUUGGCGUUACGGCGGGUGUUAUAGUAUUUUUUUUUGGUGAUUCUCGUUUAAGUCCACGGGGCUUUGUACAUAAAUCUGUUAAUUUCUUACAAGAUUCAAAAGAAUUAUUUGAACGUAGUAGAUUUCAUCCGAAACUUGAUUUUAAAUUUUCAAGUAUUAACGACAAGGAUAAGGAUAUGCUUGUAGAUGAAUUUAGAAAUAUUAGAUAUGCAGUUUAUUACCAUCUGUUAUAUCAAAGUAAUAAUAUUGUCAACAAAAUGAACAAAGUUCCGAAAGGGUUCAUAAAUAAGAUUGAAUAUGUGAUUAUUAAGAUUAACAUUUUUUUUAGCGGAAUUAAAACUGGGUUCUAUUACUGGUUAUUUAAUGCAAAAUAUAUUAAGGAAUGUCUUGAUAAAUAUAAAAAAGAGAAACUUGAAUUAUCAUCAAAUAUAAAUGAAGAAGAUAAGAAAUUGCUUAACGAUGAAAUUGACAAAAUCAGACAUGUUAUUGAUGUAUACUCGUUAGGUAAAUCAGAAGAAAAGGAAAAAGUUGCUAAAUAUAAAUAUGAACGAGAAUUAAAAUUUUCAGACGAUACGAAAAACGAAGAUAAAGAAGAAUUGCAUAUAAUAAGUGAAGAAGAUCAGAAAUUGCUUAAUGACGAAUUUCGCAAAAUUAGGAAGUUGAUUGACAAACAUUUGUUAGAUAAACCAGAUAUUGAGGAAAUAUUCGAUGCAUACAAUUUUCUUAAAAAUAAUAAUUUUUCAAAGGAUAUAAAGGGUAUGGGCGAAGGAGAUACUCUUCAAAAUAAUGAUUUUUCAAAGGAUAUAAAAGAUAUGGACGAAGGAGAUACUCUUCAAAUUGAUGAUUUUUCAAAAGAUAUAAAAGAUAUGGACGAAGGAGUUAUUCCUCAAAAUAAUGAUUUUUCAAAAGAUAAAAAAGAUAAAAAAUUGCUUGACGAUUUAUUUCAACAAAUUAGUUACGUGAUUUUUAAUUACCUAUUGGAUAUACCGAAAGAUGAGGAAAAAUUCAAUAAAUAUAAGGAAACUGUUCAAAAAUCAAAUUUUUCAACUGAGAUGAACGAUAAAGAUAAGGAGUUGCUUGCAAAUGAAUUUAAUAACAUUAAACAUGUGAUUAAUUGCCACCUGUUUAAUGAACGAAAAAAUCUAAAAAUAUUUGAUAAAUAUAUAAAAGAACGAAAAUUAGAGUUUUCAUCAGAGAAUAUGAGUGAAAAAGAUAAGAAAUUACUUACCGGUAAGUUUAGCAAAAUUAGAGAAGUAAUUGAUAAUUUCUUGUUAAAUGAGCCAACUCGCCUAUAUUUAGACUUAGAGAAUAUGAAUGAAAAAGAUAGGGAACCACUUUUAUCUUAUAUCAAUAAUCAUAUCAUUGACAUCAAUAAUGAAAUUCACAUGAUUAAGCGUGAUAUUGAUAAAUAUAUAUUAGAUAAGGUGUAG